AUGACUAUCAUCGUAAUUGUAACCAGUACCGUCAGUGUCACCAUUACUGUUACCGUCAGUGUCACCGUUAUCGUCACUGUUAUUAUCACCAUUACCGAUACCGUAACCGUUACUAUAAUCGUAACUGUCACCAUUAUCGUUACAGUUACCGUAACCGUUAAGAUUACCAUCACCAUUACUGUGACCAUCACCUUUACCGUGACUGUUUUCGUCACUGUUACCGUUACUAUUACCAUUACGGUUAUUGUUACCGUCACCAUUACCGUCUUCGUUACCGUCACAAUUACCGACACCGUUAUUGUCAUUGUCACCAAUACUGUUACAAUCAACGUCACCGUUACCGUGACUGUCACCAUAAUUGUCACCGUUACCAUCACUAUCACCAUUAUUGUCGCCAGUACCAUUACCACUAGUGUUACCAUCAUCGUUACCGUUACCUUGACCAUGACCAUUACCGUUACCUUCACCGUCACCAUUACCGUCAUCAUGACCAUUAUCGUCAGCCUUACCAUUACCAUCAUCGUUAUCAUUACCGUUAUUGUGACCGUCACUAUUUUAGUUGUCAUUACAAUUAACAUUACCGUUACCACUACCAUUACCAUCAUCAUAACCAUUACCAUCUCUAUUAACAUCACUGUUAUUGUGACCGUUACUGUGAUCGUGACAGUUACCAUCACCAUUACCGUAACCGUCACCUUUACCAUUAGUGUUACUGUUACCAUUACAAUCACCGUUACAGUGAUUGUCACAGUAUUUGUAACCAUUUUUGUCACUAUCAUUGUUACUGUUACCUUCAAUGUCAUCGUUACCGUUAACGUAACCAUUACUUUAACCGUAAUCGUGAUCGUUACUAUCAUUGUUACCAUCUUCGUUAUCGUCACCGUUACUAUCAUCCUUACCAUAACCGUUAUAGCAACUGUUACCAUAACCGUUACGAUAACCGUCACCAUUAUCAUGACCGUUUUCAUCACUGUUACCGUUAUUAUUACAGUCACUAUACCAUGA